AUGGACGACUUGUUUCAUUUCUGUUGUUGUCGAGGUGUCAGCAGUGGUUUCCGAGUACCUGGUGCUCUUGUUGAUGCCGCUGUUGAUUCUCUCGAACCAGAAAUUGUUGUCGAUCAAUCCAACAGCAGCUUGACUGCGCCAUCUUUUGCCUUCGCCAAACCUCCUGUAGGUUUGGCCUUGUUGGCAGCCUUGGCGCUUGCUGUGUGCUGGAUGUAUAGAAUGUCUGGCCGUAGAUCUGAUGAACUGGAAGAAUGUAUGGAAUGCGAACGUAUGGAUGAGUAUGAUAGCGAGGAUGACGAUGAAACCGACAUGAGCGAAAGUGAGGAUGACGAUGAAAUGAAUUUGAGCGCAAGUGAGGAAGACUAUGAAAUGAAUAUGAGCGAAAGUGAGGAUGAUGAUGAAACCAGUAUGAAUGAGAGUGAAGAACACCUUGAAAAUUAUAUGAGCGAGAGUGAGAAUGAACUGGAAACUGAUGUGAGCAGAGUGUCUAGACUGGAAGACAGUCUAGAACUGGAAGAUCUGGAAGAUGGCAAUGAGGAACUGGAAGAGACUGCCGAAACUGAACAACUGGAAAGUACUGAGGAGGAAGGAGACCUCCCCAGACUACAUCAAGAACAGCCAGAUGUAGAAAUGCAGAGGUUGCAAGAAUCCCUGGAAAAGAGUCAGGCUAACGGUACUAGAAUGGAACAGCUCUUGAAGGAAGCAGGAAAGGCGAUAGAGCGGAUUCAAAGGGAACUUGAGGGCAAGGAUAUUUUGCUGGAAAAGAGGGCAGACGACAUAGCAGCGAUGAGCAGACAAAUCGAGAGCGUCUGCCUUCAAAAAGAACAAGUUCUGACUGAAAAACGUCGCCUACAACACGACCUGGAACUGGCUCUAGACCGAGGAGAGAAAGCAGACAACUUUAACAAAGAACUGAUGGAGCAAAUAGCGUCUCUGGAGAGGCGACUAGAGGAGACUGAACACUUGCUGAAGAAAAGGGACGAAGACGAGAUGGAAAUGAAAAGGCUCUUCCAGAAAGAGAUGGUCGACAAAGAAAGAGAACUGCAGUGCACUAAAGAGAAAAAUACUGAAUUGAGCCUCAAACUAGAAAAGAUAGAAACUUUCAAUCAAAUUCUUGAUGCAGAGAAUGAAGAUUUGAUGAGGCUCAUAGUAGACUACAGGGAGGCCUUAGACCAGAAGGAGAGGAAGGUCGACCAUCUGCAAGAAUCACUGGCACGCCAAGCGACAGAGUCUGAGAGCGACCAAGAGAAACUGAGGACUCUGGAAGUUCAAAUGACGGCCAUUGAAGGCACUGUAGAAGAACUGGAAAACCAACUACUGGAUGUUCGAGGGAACCAAGAAGCUCUCCGAGGAAAACUCAAGCUCACUGAAUCGGAAAACUCUACACUUAGGAAGGUAGCAGUUGACCUAAAAGAUAGAAAUUGUGAGCUUGAGAAAAACCUGGCAGACGAGACCCACACAAACUUGGCACUAGAAGAUAAAGUUCAGUUCCUAGAAUCAGUUUUGUGCAAAAAGGAAUCUCAGUUGGUCUCUGCAUCAGAAAUUCUAAAUGCAGAAAGAGCGAAAACUGAGAUUAUGGCACAAGAACUAGAAGUGAUGAGGAACUGGGUCUCAGAACUAGGAGGAGAGAAUGAAAAGUGCAAAGAAAAAUUAGCAGCAAAAGCAGCAGAAGUGACUUCACUGCAGAAAGAGUUACAAAAUGAGAAGAAGUUGACCAAAGUUCUGGCUGGAGAAGCCCAGGUUAUGAAGAACUGGGUCGCAGAACUAGGAGGAGAGAACACCACGCUUCAGGAUGAGGUGAGUAAAACCCGCCAGAAAAUAAAUUCACUUCUGCAAUCUUUAAGGAAGGAGAAACAGAGGAGCAGAAAUCUCCAGGAUGCUCUCCAUCAUGGGAAGGAGAUGGAAAACUUGCUAAAAGAAGAAAAGACGAGAGGAAAUGAAAUGGCGACUUCCCUGAGAACCUUAAAAGUAGAGCUCAAUAACAGGGACCUCCAAAUUGAAAACCUCCUAAACAUGGAGAAGAAAUUGAUAUGUGAAAAAGAAGAACUUGUAGAGGAACUAGGCGUCACUCUAAGUCAUGGCAAGGAACUGGACAGUUUGCUGGAGGAGGCAGGCCAGAAGGCGACAAAACUUGCAAACGAUUUCGAGGAAGAGGUCCAGAAAAGAGAGGACCAAUUGAGAGAUCUCUUAGCCAAAGAGGAAAAACUCAGAGCUGAAAAGCUAGAGUUGGAAGACAGAUUAGAAAAUGCUGCCAAUCUUCUGAUUAAAGAACAGAGGGAAAAGGUAAACUGGCAGCAAAUGUUACAAGAAAGGGAAAAAGAAGUAGAGACGCUGAGGAAAGAUGAAAAAGACCAUCAAGAACAGAGGAAGGAGAUGGAGAACAAACUGCAGGAAGGUGAGAAAGAACUCCAGCAACUUAGAACGGAAUGUGAAAAUCUGAAAGAAAAUUGGAGGAAACAAGAGAAAAAGAUGAUAAAGGAACAACAGCGUCUCAUGGAGCGCCAAAGGAGACAGGAAGAGGCUCUGAGGGAACAGGACAAAUACAUGCUAAUGACGCUUCUCCAUGGAACAGCUCAGAGGAACUUCCAUCUGCAGCACAUUGCACUGCAGCAUGGAACUGAAACUCUGGGCAGCAUCAAUGAAAAGGAGAAGCAAGAUGAGGACCUGUGGUUGAGGAAGGAGAAACAACACAGGAAAUACUGCGAUGCCCAGCAGGAGAGGACUAACUACCCGAAACAGUGGGAUGUCCUAACUCAGACGUUGACGGAACUCACUCGUGGAGAUUCUGACGAGAACUGUGAAAUUUCCAACGGAAAACCCGAUGACAAAACUUGUCAUCUAAGCAGUGAAAGAUGA